AAUUGUGUCGUGCAAGUGAAAUGCCAGCUAUGGAGAGACUGAGGAGUCACAUCUCUGAAAAUAUAGGUGAAUGGCAAAAAAUUUAUGACAGCAAAGAGCCUCAAAAUUGUCCAUUACCAGAAGAAUUGGAUAAUACAUUAACUGAAUUACAAAAGAUUAUAGUUCUUCGGUGCUUAAGACCAGACAAGAUUAGUCCAGCUAUAACAACGUUUGUUACAGAUAAACUGGGGAAGAAAUUUGUUGAGCCACCGCCUUUUGAUCUAUCAAAAAGUUACUUAGAUUCAAAUUCUACAAUCCCCUUAAUAUUUGUGCUGUCUCCAGGAGCAGAUCCCAUGUCUAGCCUCCUGAAAUUGGCAACUGACAGGGAGAUGGUGGGGGAAAAGUUCCAGUCCAUCUCCUUAGGACAAGGACAAGGACCUAUAGCUACGAGAAUGAUUGAAGCAGCAAUGGAAGAAGGAACAUGGGUUUGUUUACAGAAUUGUCAUUUAGCUGUCUCCUGGAUGCCAACACUGGAGAAAAUAUGUGAGGAGCUGAACAGUGAAAAGUGUCACCCAGACUUCAGGCUUUGGCUUACAAGUUACCCUUCACCAAAGUUCCCAGUAACCAUCCUGCAGAAUGGAGUGAAGAUGACAAAUGAACCUCCCACUGGUCUCCGGUUAAACCUUCUUCAGUCUUUUCUCUCUGAUCCUAUUUCUGAUCCCGUGUUCUUCUCUGGAUGCCCUGGAAAGGAGCUGGUAUGGGAGAAACUGCUCUUUGGAGUUUGUUUUUUCCAUGCUCUUGUUCAGGAGAGGAGAAAGUUUGGGCCCCUCGGUUGGAAUAUUCCCUAUGGAUUUAAUGAAUCAGACUUGAGGAUCAGCAUCAGACAGCUCCAGCUGUUCAUCAAUGAAUACAGCCAUGUCCCCUUUGAGGCUGUGUCCUACCUGACUGGGGAGUGUAACUAUGGAGGCCGAGUGACAGAUGACUGGGACCGGCGAUUGCUGCUGACAAUGCUGGAUGAUUUCUACAAUCCCGACAUCAUUGAGAACCCCCGGUACACCUUUUCUCCCAGUGGCAACUACUAUGCUCCACCAAAAGGCACAUAUGAGGAAUACAUUGAGUUUAUUAAGAGUCUUCCCUUUAGUCAACAGCCAGAGAUUUUUGGCUUGCAUGACAAUGUGGAUAUUGCAAAGGAUCUUCAGGAAACCAAGACCCUCUUUGAAUCUCUGCUUUUAACACAAGGAGGAGGCACUCAGGGAACUUCUGGGGGAGGCGACAGCACCCUUUAUGCAAUUGCAGAUGAUAUUCUCAGCAAGCUUCCAAAUGAUUUUGACAUUGAAAGUUGCCUACUUAAAUAUCCUGUGAGAUAUGAAGAAAGUAUGAACACUGUUCUGGUGCAAGAAAUGGAAAGAUUUAACAAGAUUGGUAUGAAUUAGGGAAGCCUCCAGUUUUUUGGCUAUCAGGAUUCUAUUUUACUCAAGCUUUCCUAACUGGAGCAAUGCAAAACUAUGCUAGGAAACACAGAAUCCCUAUUGACCUUCUGGGAUAUGAAUUUCAGGUUAUUCCUCAGGAUACUGCUGAUACUGCACCAGAAGACGGUGUUUAUAUCCACGGAUUAUUUUUAGAUGGAGCUCGCUGGGACAGGACAAAGGGAAUGUUGACUGAGCAGUAUCCCAAAGUGCUCUUUGAUGCCAUGCCAAUCAUCUGGAUAAAGCCAACUCCAAAAUCGGACAUAAAGGAAUCCAGUGCCUAUGUUUGCCCACUCUACAAGACAAGCGAGCGCAAAGGAGUCCUAUCGACCACCGGCCAUUCCACCAACUUCGUCAUUGCCCUGAGGCUGGACACGGACAAACCUGUCCAGCACUGGAUCAAGAGGGGGGUGGCACUGCUCUGCCAGCUGGAUGACUGACCCUGGGCACUUCAGGCCAGGCUCCACAAGAUCCUGUUCUUUUUGUUGGCUUACCCAGCAAGGGGAACACUGUGUGGAAAAGAAACAUCCAGAGUUUUUUAUAUGAAGAGGGCUACAAAUACUUUCUGAUCUUCGGUAUUUUGUCUUAAUUAAGUAUGUGUUGUUAUUAUUAGUGUUUUUACAAUCUGUAAACAAACAACUAGGAUUUUAGCCCUUAGUAAUAUUAUUAUUGUGUGAACAUCAGUUUUAUGCCUUAGUUAAAUAUCACAAAAUGUAUGUUAAUGGAACAUGAAAGUAGUCUGCACUUUCUGAGAGAAACAUUACAGGCAAUAAACUUGAUGCUGCACAUUUCUUUUCUUUAAAAAUAAAAAAUAAAAUUACUCAAGCAUUCUUUCUAGAUCUCCUCUAGCAAAGAACUCUUUCUACCUUGUAUUCAGAUAUAUCAUCAUUUCUUUGUAUGGAUCCCUCUGCGAAAUACAGUGGGAAUAAUUCCAUCCUGCCCUCACUUUACAACUGGGCAUCUGAGUGCCUCACUUCCCUCUGCUGAGUGUUACACCAGUGUAAGUCUGUCUUACUGAAACUUCUAUUUCUUUUAAAAACUCUGUUUCUCAUUUGCUUUUCUGCUUAUAUUACUGAAUAUAUACUGAAUUGUGACUAAGCAAUCAGAAACAUAAUAAUUUUAAUAGCA